GCUAGAAUUGGAAUCACCGGCGCUGGAAUUUGAAAAAAACAAACCUGGGUCUGUCGAUUGUAGAGAUCGAGUUGCAGCAAGAAGUGAGCAGCAGAGGGUUAAUCCGUUGAAGAAGAAGAGGUGUGAUGAAGGAGAAGGGCAAAGCGGAAAAAACUAGUUUUACCUCGUUUGACGGCCCAUUCGGCGGUAGCCCAUUUUUCACUGUUUAGAGGAACCUUAACUCCUUCCACCUCCUCUUACCUAUCUUCCAUUUCACUCCAAACAAGGAAAAUGCGUGCAGUGGACUCGAGAGCAUAACUUCCUCCUUCAUCUAAUCGCGUUCUUCUGCCGCAUACUACUGCGGGUAACGGGAGAAAUAAGGCGGCUAAUCUUCUUAAUACAAUGCUGCAUGAACUCUUACUUGCUCUACUGGGUUAUACCGGAGAUCUCAUUAUUGAUCAAAGAGAGCACCAACAAUCACUUGGUGUGAAGUUGGCCCCCGACGCACCAAUUGGCGAGGAACCUACUUUUGUGCUUGCUCCUGACCUGUCCUUCAUCCAACCCAGUGACAGGGAUGUACUGAAGAAGAUAAUUGCUCUAGGUUUUUAUUACCGAGAACUUGACAGAUUUGCAACCAAGUCACGUAAUUUGAGCUGGAUUAGGAACAGUAGCGAGUCACCAUUGCUUAGAGCUUCUGAAUUGUUAAAGGGGCAGAAAGAGAAGCAUAGUGUUUACAGAAGAGCCAUUGCGAAUGGGAUUGUUGAGGUGCUGUCAGUAUAUAGGUCUGCUGUUCUGCAUAUUGAGCAGAAAUUCUUGUCUGAUUCAUUACCAAUCUUAGCAACACUUACCCAUGGUCUCAAUAAGUUCUUUGUCCUUUUGCCUCCUCUUCACGAGUUCAUUUUGGAGAUCGAGCGUAAUAGUGUUUGUGGAGGGAAACUUCUCAAUCUAUUGCACAAAAGGUGCCACUGCGGCAUUCCAGAACUACAGACAUGCUUUCAGAGGCUUUUUUGGCAUGGACACCAAGUAAUGUAUAAUCAACUAAUGUCAUGGAUGGUCUAUGGGAUUCUUCAUGAUCCAUACAAAGAAUUUUUUAUAGGCAGGCAAGAUGACAAAGAUGUAGAGACAGACUCAAGUUCAGAUGUGAUCCCAAAAUUUGCACAUUUGUCGACAAGUGAUGUUUCUCUAACUGAUUGGCACUUGGGGUUUCAUAUUUCACUGGAUAUGCUUCCAGAUUAUAUUCCAAUGGGUGUUGCCGAGUCCAUUUGUUUUGCAGGAAAGGCAGUCAGGGUUCUUCGUAAUCCUAGUUCUACCUUUCAAUUUAAUAAUGCAGCAUUGAAUCAGCAGGCACAAAGUGUACAAAAGAGAUAUGAAUUCACUGAGGUUUCUUUUCAAAAGAACUCCUCAAUGGAUUUUCAAUCAGUUGGAGAAGAUUUACUCCCACAGUCCGAGGCAGAUAAGAUUGAAUCUUUGCUUCAAGACUUGAAGGAAUCAUCAGAGUUCCACAAGCGAACAUUUGAAAUGGCUGUUGACUCAAUUAAAGCAAUUGCCGCUAGUCAUCUUUGGCAGCUUGUAGUUGUACGUGCAGACUUAAAUGGCCACUUAAAAGCCCUUAAAGAUUAUUUUCUUCUGGCAAAGGGUGAUUUCUUCCAGAGUUUCCUUGAGGAGAGUCGCCAGCUCAUGCGUUUGCCGCCUCGCCAAUCCACUGCAGAAGCUGAUCUUAUGGUUCCCUUCCAACUGGCUGCACUUAAGACUAUUGGAGAUGAGGAUAAACACUUUUCUCGAGUGUCUUUGCGAGUUCCUUCUUUUGGAAUUCCACUCAAAACCGCUCAACGUGAUUUGCCGAAGCCAAAUGCAAAUGCUGAUGGUGAGCUGGGAGGGCAAUCAGAUGCUUCAUUGGAGAUGUCCCUUGAUGGAUGGGAUGCCAUUUCACUUGAAUAUUCUGUUGAAUGGCCCUUGCAGUUGUUCAUUACUCAGGAAGUCCUCUCAAAGUACCAAAGAAUUUUCCAGUACUUGCUCCGACUUAAGCGGACGCAGAUGGAACUAGAAAAAUCAUGGGCUUCUUCGAUGCAUCAAGAUCACUCAGACUUUGCUAAGCACCGUAAUGACCAUUCAAAGCCCUCAACAUCACAACAACGACGACAACACAUUAGACCAAUGUGGCAUGUAAGAGAGCAUAUGGCUUUCUUGAUAAAAAAUCUUCAGUUCUAUAUUCAGGUGGAUGUUAUAGAAUCUCAGUGGAAUGUCUUGCAGUCUCAUAUUCAAAAUUCUCAUGAUUUCACAGAACUCGUUGGCUUCCAUCAAGAGUACCUGGCCGCAUUAAUUUCACAAUCUUUCUUGGAUAUUGGUUCAGUCUCAAGGAUUCUGGAUGGCAUAAUGAAGCUCUGUGUCCAGUUUUGCUGGAAGAUGGAGAAUCAGGUGGGCAACGGAGAUAUGGGUGAGCUUGAGCAUAUCGCCGAGGAAUUUAACAAAAAAUCAAACUCCUUAUACACAAUACUCCGAAGUAGUAAGCUCGCUGGGAGUCAAAGAGCACCGUUCCUCAGGCGUUUCCUUCUGCGUCUCAACUUCAAUUCUUUCUCUGAGGUGAUUGCAUUGAAUGUCGUUGGGCAUCGCCCACAUCUUGCUGUUUAGCCGACUACCUUUUGUUUUCUGCCUAAAAUGCCCUUAAAUUUCAGUGGGGAAAUGAAGGUAAGCUAUUUAAAAUGCUUUGGGGGUGCCCUUGGCAUGUUGUUAUCCUUUCUUUAAUAUGUAACACGUAGUAUUUGGAAGGAUGCAUUCUUUCAAUCCCCUCGUGUGUAAUAUUGCUGUGAUUGACACGCUUGAUUCAGUUUUCUCCCAAAUCACUCUUUCAAUCAAACUUUGCUUUGUGU